AUGGCUCCCGACGGAAAGGGCGACGCGCCUGUCGACCAAGAAGAGGUGUCGUCGACAUCGGCUUCAUCUACGGAAGAACUAACAUCCACAGCCGCAUCAACAACAACACCACCAUCACCAUCGCUAUCGCCAUCAACACCCACAGCAGAAACUGUAGCCCCGUCGCUCGAGCGGGCGCGUGCCUUUCUGCGUGACGAAGCCGUCCGCAACGAGUCCCGGGCCCGCAAAGCAGCCUUUCUCGCUGCCAAGGGCUUCUCUUCGGCCCAGAUCGACGAGGUGUUGGACGAGCUGGAAACUGAUCCUGAGGUCAAGACGACGACUAGACAGGUGCCGGUAUCGUCUGGACAGCCGUCGACAAAGGAACCAUCUGUCACCUCCUCUUCCACCACCUCCUCCUCACCUCUCAUCGUCACCUAUCCCGAAUUUAUUGCCCGUCCACCACAACCACCGCCGCUCGUCACGCCCGCCGCCUUCACGGCCACCCUUUACGGCAGCGCUGCGGCUGCCUCGCUCAUCUAUGGCACCGCGCGCCUGGUGCUGGCACCCAUGGUCGGUACCCUGGCGGACGCGCGUGGCCAGCUGCAGGCGACUACCCGUGACGGCCUGACGCGUGUCGUGCGGGCGCUGGAGGCCGUCGUGGGCGCGGAUGUGGAGACGGGAAAGAACAACAACCGGUCUGGUCCUGACGGCGGCUCUGUUGACGGCGACGGCCACAGCACGACGGCCUCGGACGCUCCCAACGCCUCGGACGCGUCCGACUCGCCCGACCCGAUCACGGCCGCCUUUUCGCGCGAUGCCAGCGUCCAGACGUCUCCAUCUACAUCUAGAAUGACAUCCAGAACGACAUCACACACUGCCUCCACUGCACUCAUCUCCUCCUCCUCCUCCAUCUCCACCUCCACCCAGUACGCCCACCUCGCCAGCAUGGCCGACCAGGUCAAGCGGCUCUGCGACGACUGGGCUGGCCCCGACGACGUGCUGGCCGAGACCCAGACGGCCCUAGACAUGCUCCGCAGCGAUGUCGACAAGCUGGCUCGGCCGUCUUUUGUCUUUGGUGCUGACGCGGCUGCCGGUGCCAACAACAGGUACCCCGGCUACGUGCAGACGACGCGCAACGAGCCCGACGACGAGAUCCGCCGGGCCAAAGAGAAUAUCCGCCGCGUCAAGGGUGCUCUGCUCACCACGAGGACCUUUCCGACAGCGAGAUAG